AUGGCAAACGUUCAAUCUAAAGAGCUUAUUAAACGGUAUCUCACCGACUCAAAGGAAUUCCAGCAGCUACUAUCACGAGAUAGGUUUCACUCAAUUGUUCAGUUAGUCUGCCGUAACCGACUAUUGAGCCAUGAGGAAACCCAGCUUUAUGAUAUACUAUCAAGACAAAAGCAGAACACUCUUGAGCGCGUUGAAUUGAGUAUUGACCAACUGGAUUUGAGACGAAUAAACAGAGACAACAAUGAGACUACAGUACCAUUGGAAGAUGCAAGUCUUUUGCAAUUGAUACAAUCGAUGGAUCAAUUGAACCAGUCUCUUGAGUCACGAAUAGAGGCUAUAGAGAAAGAUGUGAAAGUCGAGCUAGAGGAAAUUAAUGACCAAAUAGAUGCUUUCAACGACCUCAGGUAUGGAAGCAUCAAUUUUGAAACGUCAAUUGAAUCAUUGUGUACGGAUUUAGGUCGACUCGAAAAUCGCUUAUUGGAAUUGGGAAAAUAG